AACCAGUCUUCCAUUCGUCCGCGACUGAGUCGUUUGUAUCGCAGACGGCGUCUUUACGAAAAUAUGUGUGAAAUUUGUUACAACAGUGUAUAUUGAUAAGUGUUUUGUGACGUGUUUUAAGUUAUUGUUAUGAAGUGUAGCUGACGGAGCGCUAGGAACGCCGCGUCGACAUACCUCAUGGCGGGUAGUGGGGGGAUGUCGGAGUGGUCCGAGGGCGCUGCGGUGUGGUUCCAGCCGGCCGGAGCCCCCGCCCCGCUGCCCGGGGAACUGGUGGAGGUCCACCGAGCCGCCAGGGUCCUACUCGUCAGCGCUGUUGUUAAUGGACAGGCUCAAACCUUCGCCUUACAAAUGGGUAACGGCGAAGAAGAAGGCGAUCCAGUAUGGCCUCGGGAGGAACUGGGCCCUACUGGCGUGGAAGACAUGACUCGUCUCCACGAUUUACAUGAAGCAGCCUUGCUAUGGAAUCUCAAGUUAAGAUACGAACAAGGUCUCAUUUACACUUAUGCUGGCUCCAUAUUGGUCGCCGUGAACCCUUAUAGACCUGUGGAUGCCUUGUAUGGUCUGCCAACUGCUAGAAGGUACCACGCUGCGGAGGCGUUGGGUGACUUACCUCCACACCUUUUUGCAAUAGCCGCCGCAGCGCGAGCGUCACUACCUCAUCCUCAAGCCAUUCUGAUAUCCGGUGAAUCUGGCGCCGGAAAGACGGAGUCCACAAAGCUAGCUGUACAAUUUCUUGCAGCUGUAGCCCCAGCACCGCCCGGAAGAGCUCCAGUUUCUGAACAGAUUCUAGAAGCUGCUCCGUUACUUGAAGCGUUCGGUAACGCGAGAACGCCAAAAAAUCAUAACUCUAGUCGUUUUGGUAAAUUACUAGAACUCUACUUUAAGGAUGGCGCUUUAGCCGGCGCGAGAGUGGCACAUUAUUUGCUAGAAAAAUCUCGUAUUGUAACACAAUCACCCGGAGAAAGAAAUUAUCAUGUAUUCUACGAGUUACUGGCUGGUUUAGACGAAGAACAGAGGAAAUCACGAGGAUUGUUGACAGCCGAACAUUACUUUUAUUUAAAUCAAGGCGGUGACUCGGGAGGCGCGGGGGCAGGAGCCGAUUGGUCGGCUCUAUGUGGCGCCAUGCAAGUUCUUGGGAUUGGUGACUCUGAACGAGAGGAUAUAAUUAAAGUCCUCUCUGCUGUACUUCAUUUAGGAAACGUCUACUUUCAUAGAAGACAGCUCAGGCAUGGUCAAGAGGGUGUUCAACUGGGCGGAGGAGCGGAAGUCCGUUGGGCUGCCCAUUUAUUGAAAAUCCCAGCUGAAGAAUUGGCCAGAGCUCUCACAACCAGGGUAACGGCGGCGAGGGCAGAGCGUAUGCGAUCUCCCUUACCAAUUGACCAAGCUUUAGACGCGAGAGAUGCUUUCGCUAAAGCACUAUAUUCAUCACUGUUUAGCUGGCUUGUCCUUAGAAUAAAUUCGAUAGUCCAUCGAGCUGGACUACACGACGCUCACCGGAUAUCUCUCCUCGACAUCUUCGGCUUCGAAGACUUGGAAGAGAAUUCGUUCGAGCAGCUAUGUAUUAAUUAUGCUAACGAAACUUUACAGCAUUAUUUUAAUAAACAUAUAUUUAAAUUGGAGCAACAGGAAUACCAGAAGGAAAGAUUGGAGUGGUCUAACCUCACGUGGAAUGAUAAUUCUCCAGUUAUACAACUUCUGAGCAAGAAGCCGGUGGGCAUUCUUCAUUUGCUGGAUGACGAAAGCAAUUUUCCUCGGGCGUCUGAUAACUCAUUCCUAGAAAAGUGCCAUUAUAAUCACGCUCUUAACGAGCUGUACUCUAGACCUAGAUUAGGAGCUAACGAAUUUGGGAUAAAACACUACGCCGGCCAGGUUUGGUACAACGUGGAAGGAUUCCUGGAUAAGAACAGGGAUGCUCUGAGGGCGGAUGUACUGGAAUUACUCUGCAGUAGUGAUGUGCCGCUGGUUGCCGAGAUGUCGACACAGCUGCGAGCACAACACGACGCUAACAAGACAUUACCGAGAGGGGCGAAUGGGAGAUUCGUCACCAUGAAGCCCAGAACACCCACCGUGGCUGCAAGGUUCUCGGACAGCCUCCACCAACUGCUGGAGUCCAUGUCCAGGUGUAACCCCUGGUUUGUUCGCUGCAUCAAACCCAACACCGACAAGUCCGCUAUGAAGUUCGACAUGCUGUGCGUUCUCACACAGCUGAGAGACACCGGCAUGCUGGACACCAUCAAGAUAAGGCAGACGGGAUACCCCAUAAGGAUACCGUUCCAGGCGUUCGUGGAAAGAUAUCGGUACCUUCUUAAGUCGUCUCCGCCUCGCUCGACGCCCUACAGAGAAAUCUGUAACUCCAUCCUCGCCGAGAUGCCUCCCACUGGAGCCGUGGGAGCGGACUUCCAGCUGGGCGCGGCGCGUGUGUUUGUCCGCGAGGCGUUGCACCGCGCUCUGGAGCGGGCCCGCGCUGAUAAAUUAAGAGCCGCUGCGACAAUACUACAGGCCAGGAUAAGAGGGUACCUCGCCAGAAAACGCUACCACCAAAUGCGUGAAUCCGCCAUACGUAUACAAUCGUGGUGGAAGGGUUCCAACGAGCGUCGCCGCUACGUCAUCGUGAGGCGAGGCGUGGUCCGAGUGCAGGCGAUCGUCCGCGGAAGACGAGCUCGUCGCCUGGCGAGGGACCGCCGGGAACAGAUGAAGAGACGGCUCGAGGCGCAACAGGCGGCCGCCAAACGCCGCGCGGCCGAACAGAAGGCUAAGGCGGAGAGUCUUCAGGUUUUGGAAGUACCGGCGGAACUCGCCUUCAUACUGUCCAAGAUAGACGACUGGCAGCCGCCGCAUGCAGACAGGAAUGUUACCAAAGUUUCAGACGUGUUCGUCGAGGAAGAGCGCAUCCAACUGCCUCGGGAUCUUGAGCAGUUCGCGUUCUCCAAGUUCAGUUCCGUGUACUUCGCGGACGGCGGACAGCUCAGUCCAAAGAAACAUCCCAUCACCAAGCCGUUCCUGUCCAAAGCCGCUGUCAGGGAUCAAGACUUCAAUGACGCCGUGGCGAUCUUCAAACUGAUAUUGAGAUGGUGCGACGAGUCGGCCGCCGGGAAUGAGACCAGACAAAAGGUGGUGGCGGACUACAUCUGUUCCCGCGGCAUCAGCUCCCGCGCUCUCCGCGACGAGGUGGUGGUCCAGCUGUGCGGCCAGGCCGGUCUGGAGCCGCGCGCCUUCCGCCUCCUCGCCCACUGCCUCGCCGCCUUCCAACCAGGACCGGCGCUUCACAAAUAUCUUAUCCGGUUGAUCUCCGAGCGAGCGUCCGGUCCAGAACGGAGUCGUCUUCUCCGUCUAUCGUGCGGGACGGAGGCCGCGGCGGCGAGGGUGUCAGGGCUUCCGCGGCGGACUCCACCCACCCUACUGGAGUGGCGCUCCGCUGACAACGACGCACGACCGGCCAUACCCCUCACCCUGUAUGAUGACACGGUGCAGACCGUGUGCGUGGAGUCGUGGACGACGUGCGAGCGAGCUGCGGCCAGCGCGCUCUCCGCCGCCGGCAUUGCGAGGAACGCCAGCGGCUGGUCGCUCACUAUGGAACACAACGGACAGCUCACCGAGUGGGCGGGAUGCGAGUACGCGUUGGAUGCUAUAGGAGAGAUAGAGACGUGGCCGGCGCUGGCAGCGCGCUCUGAACCGCUCCGGGCCACACGAGCGGCGCCCGCGCCCCCGCCGCGCGCCUCCUCCGUGGAAGACAGACGCCCGCUGGUUCCACCGCCCGAGCCACCGAAGUCCCGAUCCCCGAGCGUCCAACGCAUACUCCACGAGGCCAUACCCGAGAACGACUCCGAGUACACCUGGAAGAUGGAGCAGGAGGAGCCGCGGGAGAGAGCGCUGAGACACCCCGCGGACUACUCCCGGAAGAUAUCACACGACAUACUCUCCAGGGAGUCGGCCCUCAACGAGCGGUACUUCGAGCAGACGUCCGAUAAAGUCAGAAGUCGCUCAUUAGACAACUUGCUGGGUGAUAACCCUGAACCGCAACCCUCCAAACUGACGGACCUAGGGUUGUCGCAGUCUCGCCUCAACGAUCGCUAUCAUUCGGUGGAGAGGCUGGGAGGUGCGCCGAGUGUCUCCAGCAGUAAGGGCAUCGAGCCGGAGUACGGCACGGGACGAGCUCUGCCCUCGCGGUACAUUAAGUCCCAGUACGCCGGCAAGCGUGCGCCGGCCGGCUCGCAGUCAAGUCGCGCAUACAUCGAGAAGAGCUCCGAAUUCGGAGGCGUUCGAUCCUCUGCGAUGUCGGAUACCUCGGAAGCCCCGAGCCUGGCGUCUCAUGUGCGUCGCGUCCGCGUGCCGAGUCAGGCGUCGGACGUGGAUCAGUUCCUGGACGAUCUGUUUUCUCCCGUCCUGGACCCGAACAUCGACGAGCUGUCUGACGCUCGAUCGCUGGCCGCCAGCAUCAAGGGCGGCAAGGACUACAGCACGUUCAUAGACGACGUCCUCUCGUGCUCCUACACGGAACAAAUCGACACGUUGAACAGCAGCGAUGACGUCACCAAACUCAUUAAGGGCGGAGGACACGAAGAUGGGAAGACGAGCAGGAAACAAUCCAACGUCGACUCGGUAGACGAUUACAUCACUAAUCUGUUCGACCCGAUAUUCAUGAACGACAGUCUGAAGAGACUAACAGACGGUGAGGGUCUUUCGGGUGCCAUUAAAGGUGGUGGCGCUACACCGCGCGGCUCGGGAGCGAACACUUCGGCGCUUAGCUUCGGUGCUAUCACACUGCCGCCGUCUAUGCCCGCGAUGCCGGCCACUCCGGAGGCGCUGGCGGCGGCCCUGGGCUUACACCUGCCGCCUCCAGGCACGGUCGACAUCAACGCGUAUCACCAAAACCUACAAAGAGCUUUUCUACAGAACGCAAUGGCACAGAAUCUUCAAAUUCAACAGCAGCUUUUGGCUCAGAAUCAAGCUUUACAGACACUUUUAGCAGGUCAAGUCGUCGAACCCUCAGAAUCAGCGCCCACGUCACCGGUGAGGGCGUCGACUGUAGUGCACGCACAGAUACACUCGCCGCCUAGAAAUUCGGUGAAGUCCAGAAGAGAAUCCAAUGAAAGUAGUGCUGGAGCGCCGCCCCCACCUCCGCCGCCGAUGCCCCCGCCGUUACAUGAUAUGGAUCCUUCGGAGGCCAGGCCGUUCAUAGACCCUUACGGGCGAGCCAAGACAGUCCGGAUUGGUAAAUGGCGAUGGCCGCCGCCGAAGGACGCAGUGGGACAGGAGACGCCGCAAGACUUCACGAAGUUUAAAAUGAGACAGGUUCAAAGGAGAGUCACGCCGCAGGCGCAGUCUAAUGGGAUAGAUCAUGAACCACCACGCGGGCGGUCGAGGUCUGAGGUCACGACUGGAAUAGAAUGGGAAGAAUUCGAGGUCGACGGGCAAAUACCAGCACACAGGGAACCACCAUCACAGAGGACUGCUCGACGGAGUUUCGAAAUAGGAGCUCAGAGACCAUCGCCCGGAAGUGUGGGCAAAUUGAAAUUAAGCUCCGAGAUGCGUCAAAGACUGGAACGAGUCACAGCGAAUCACUCCGUCAGGAGUACUUCCUCGGCCGCUGAAACUCCUCGGACUGUUAAUAAGUUGGAGGAUACAAGGAAACUUAUGCUCGAACGUCAGUUGGGUGGUACGAUGAGGUGGGAUGCGCCUCCUCCCCCGCUGCCCCCCGCGCCGCCCGGGCCCGCUCCCCCUCCCCCCAUGUCACCGCCCUCCCCACCAGACAAGCCGGCACCUCCUCCGCCAGUUCCCGAGGCAUCUUCAACAUUCGCACAGCUCAGGCGCGACAGAGAUACCUUCGGCGUCCAUCAGAACAUCGAAGCGGAUGAUCGCCACGCCUUCUUAGCGAAUUGGAGCUCCAGAAGGAAAGACGACAACGAAUCAUCUCAUGGUGACGACCUGGCGUCACGGUUCCUGACAUCGGACAGGAGGGAGAGACGAGUGAAGGACGAUUGGGGAGAAGAGUCCGACGGCCGCAGUUACAACGAUGAGAAAAGUCACAUGGAAAGGGACGAAUGGGACUCGGAGUCCACGGCGGAGAACAGAAGAGACAUUCACGACAACGUGUCAGGACGCGGCCCUUCAGAGAUAUAUGAGAUACAUCCGAUAAGAGCGGAGAGGAGAAAAGAAGACGCGGAAAUAGAGGAGAGAUUUGACAGAAAACGUUCUGGAAUGUACGACGACUUCGACAGAUUCGACGGCAGAAAGAACUCGCGAGACAUGUUAGUGGGACGGACGAGAGACAGCCCUCGCUCAGAUAUCAUAUUCCCGCCAGAUAACAACGACACUUUGAAGAAAAACGAGCGACCCACAUUCAAGACACACAUGGCGCAGAAAGAAAGGAACAGGAAGAUGGAGGCUGAAAGAAGACAGUCUGUUUCAACUCACCUCACAGACAAAACAGAUCUCAACGAGCAGACGCCAGCACCAGCAGCUUUUCUUCCAUCAGACCGCUCGUUCCUCACGUACAGUCGAGUGCCGUGGAAGCUGCGGGUGAGGAAGGAAGUCUUCACACCGCUGGAGACAUACAACGAACCUGCCAUACUGGAUCUCCUGUACGCUCAGAUCGUCCACGACAUAACGUCUUCGAGUCCCUGUCUCCGCAUCAGCGCCAGCGAGCGUCGUGCGGGCGCCGCGUGGCUGCGGACCGCGGGCGGCGCGCGCGCUGCCACCAAGCGGCAGGCGGUCGACAUGGCGCGCGAAUGGCCCUUCUACUUCGCCAGAUUGUUCUCAGUCAAACUCCCGCCGGGAGAGAGCGCCGUGCUGGCCGUCUCCCACAACGCCGUCACAGUCGGCGUGAGAGGUCCCAGCGGUUUGGUAGUCCGUCGCUCGCUGCCCCUGUCCGGCCUGAGGGCGGCGGCUCCCUCCGCGGGGACCCUCCAGCUGUCUCCCUCCAGGGACCCUCCCCUCACCCUCCACGCACCGCUCGCCCACCACGCACACGCUCUCAUCGUAGAAUUCGCCUUACAAUACUCACAGAUCCAACAGAAGCCGACUGUUAACGGAGUAUCGAGCGGAAAGGAGAAGCAGGAACGAGAAACGAGAGAAAGAGAUGUCCGGGACACUAGAGAGCCCAGAGAAUCCCGGGAAUCCAGAGAGUCCCGAGAAUCGAGAGAAUCCCGGGAGUCGAGAGAGUCCCGGCAAUCGAGAGAAUCCAGGGAAAUACGACAAUCAAGGGAUGAAUCCGAAAUGGACUUGCGAGAGAGAAGGGGACAGACAUCGUCGCCGGUAUCGAGGGAGAGAGAGAGGGAUAGAGAUAGAGACAGAGAAAGAGAUAGAGAUAGAGAAAGGGAGAGAGAUAUGAGGGAUGAGAGAAGGGAUCAGACCACACCACAGCAUGACGGCCGGCAUCCACUUCUGCAGUUCGCCGUUGACCACUUCCGGCAGAGUCCCGAAUUGGAAAUCUUAAAAGCGGACUCGUCACUCAAGAGUAAGGCGAAGCGCAACGAGUGGACGUGGAAGGCUCAGACGGAUGUGGUCAAGUGGCAAGCGACGCCGCUGCGGGCUCCGCUCCUGCGCCUCCCGGCGGCGCUCGCGCCGCCCGCCCUGGAGUGCUUCACCUGCAUCCGAGCCUACUGCGGGGACCUGCAGCCUCCCGAGCGAGCCAUGCAUCAGGAUUUGACGGAAGUGAAAUGUGUCUAUACUGUUCUCAUGCACUGCCACUCGGUGGCGGAGCUCCGUGACGAGGUGUACUGCCAGCUGAUGAAGCAGACCACCUCCAACCGCUCGCACGCGCCCGACUCGUGCCAGCGAGCCUGGAGGCUCAUGUCUAUACUGUCCUCAUACUUCACCUGCUCUGAGACGCUCAGACCGUUCCUGGUGGAGUACCUGUCGGCGGCGGCGGCGGACAGGCGGAGGCCGUGCCAGGGGACCGCGGCCGUGUGUCUCGCCAACUUCAGGAAGACCAUGAGGUGCGGAGGCAGGAAGAACGUACCCAGCGUCGAGGAGGUGACGGCUGUGUCAGCUGGUCGGUCGGCUCGCCGGCAGCUGUACCGCCUGCCGGGAGGAGCGGAGAGGGUCGUCAACACCAGGUGCGCGACAGUCGUCCAGGACAUAGUGGACGACCUGUGCGAACUGAUCGGCGUGUGCAACCCGGCGGAGCGCGCGGAGUUCUCCCUGUACUGCAUCGUGGCGGGCGACUCCCUCACCAUGCCGCUGGCGGGCGACGAGUACGUUCUGGACGUCACCACGGAGCUGCAGCGCGCUCAGCAUCCCUUCUACCUCAUCUUCUGCCGCUCCGUGUGGCACCACCCGCUCAGGACCGACGCUCCGCCGCUGUACACUGAAGUGCUCUUCAAUCAGGUUGCCCCGGACUAUCUAGAAGGACUCCUGCUAGUGUUGCCAGGGGGAGGCGCUCCCGCGGCGGGGGUGCUUCGUGACGCAGCAGUGGUGGCAGCCCUGCUACACCGCGCGGCAGGCCUGCCAGACGCACCACACCCCAGGGACCUCAAGUUCCUCCUACCGAAGCCUCUCCUAGCUCUGAAAGAGCCGCGUCCUAACAAGUGGGCGUCGUGGGUCGGCAACGAGUGGCCGACUGUGAGGACUCUGUCGCCUGCCGCAGCUAAAUCCAAAGUUUUACAAGUAUUAUCUCGCUGGUCCCUGUUCGGGUCGUCUUUCUUCGCGGUGCGGCGCGUGCAGGGCGGCGAAUGGCGCGAGCACGUGCUGGCUCUCAACAGGCGAGGCCUGCACCUGCUGCACCCCGCCACGCACGACACGGACGCUCACUGGCCCUACGCCGACCUCAUCUCCACUAGGAAGGUCCGUUCCGAAGACGGGACUCUGUUCCUGGACGUGAAGUGCGGUUCCCUUCUGCAGCAGCGAGUGACGCGGCUCCAGGCGGAACAAGCUCACGAGAUAGCGAGACUCAUCAGGCAGUACAUCGCCCUGCAGAGAGAUAACAGGGAGGGAGAUUCGAGGCACUCACCAGCCUUCAUCAGCCAAUGAACGUGACGGGAGCCGGGAACCACGCGACCGGAACUCUUAACAAUAAGACGAUAUUUAAUCUUAAACUUCGUACUUUGUUGUGAAAUGUACUUAAAAUAUAUAUCCCUUCAUAUCACCGGAGAGUAAAAAUAAUCGACUUAAAUGGGAAUAGGACGUCGGGACAUGGGGAAUAACUACAAUAUUUUCUAUUUUCAUUUUAGUCCCAAAAAGAACGAGGAGAAUGUACAUAGAAUAAAAAGUGUACAUCAUUAAUAUAUGCUUUUAUAAAUAAAACAAACCUCGGUCAGCGGAUACAAAAUCUAUAUUUUUAUAUUUACGUAACUCAUAAUGACAUUAUAUACGUGAAAUUAAGUAAUGAUUAUGAACAAGGUACAUUCCAAAUUAUUAAACAUUAAUGUCAUCAGUGUCGCCAAGUUGGAACACGUGUUAUAUGUAACAGCAACACUGAGCGUGGUGUUUUAGUCCCGCCAUUUUUCUAAUAAUAUAAAUUUUAUUAAUUAUAAUGGAUACUGUUAUUUUGUUUAUAUUGUUGUUUCUUUACUAAAUUUCCUGUUCUUCUGUACAUGAACGGUGCUAUACGUCUAGUAAUUAUCAGCUCCUUAAUAUUAACACACCAGUCACAAUAUUCUCUGUAGAGUGAGUCUCUCUGUACACAGUAUAGGCUAGUUUCUUCGCAAGCAUUCCAUUCAUUCCUUCACUCUCUCGCUGCGUGUUUUAAUGUUACUUUUCGUUAUGUCUAGUUGUUAUCCAAAAUAAUGAAAUAAUAAAACCCAAAGACCGUACGGUCAGAGUCCACAUGAGUUAUACUUUCAUGUAAUUAAUAUAUUUAAUAAAACAUUGUAUGAAUAUAUUGUAGAUACGAAUAAAGAUAUAUUUUCAAUAAAAA